CGGGCCCCCGGGCGGGGGCGAACAGGCACCGGGUCCCCCGGGCGUGGGCGCGGGGCAUCGCCGGCAUCCUGGGCCCCCGCGGGGCGACUGGCAUCGGUCCCCCGGCGGGGCGACAGGCAUCUCGGGCCCCCAGGCGGGGCGACAGGCAUCGGGCCCUCAGAGCGCGAGCGGCGGGCGCCGUACCCCCAAGGCGGAGCGCACAGGCAUCGUGCGCCUCAGGCGGAGCGGCGGGCGCCGACCCCCAGGCGGAGCGACAGGCGGAGCGACAGGCGCCGGACUACGCCAGGCCUGGAGCGGCGGGCGCGCGACCCCAGGCGGAGCCGACAGGUCUCUCGGCCCCCAGGCGAAGCGGCGGGCACCGAGUCACCAGGCACGACAGUGGGCUCCGAGUCAACUGGCAAUGACCGCUGGCACUGGGUCAGUACCAUGGAUGAACAGCGGGGCAUCGGGUCACCCAGGCAUCAGGUCAUUUUUGGAGCUCGACAGCGUGGGCAUGCCCGGCGUCAUCUGGCAAGGCAG